AUGAUUUCUAAUUAUCCAUUGAUGUCACUCUUAGUUCUGUUGCUGAUACCAAAAGUUCUAGGUUGGGGAAAAGAUGGCCACCAUGCAGUUUGUAAAAUCACGCAGGAGUAUCUUAGUGAAGAAGCUCUAUUUGCAGUGAAACAACUGCUUCCAGAUUCUGCUCAAGGCGAUCUUGCUGCACUUUGCUCUUGGCCUGAUGAAAUUCGUUUCCAUUAUCAUUGGAGUAGUGCUUUACAUUAUGCUGAUACACCUGAUUUCAUGUGUAAUUAUCAAUACUGCAGAGACUGUCAUGAUUCUUAUGGACAUAAGCAUAGAUGUGUUACCGGAGCAAUUCACAAUUAUACAAUGCAAUUGAAAUUAGCCUAUGCUGAUGCUUCAUCUAAAUUUAACUGUAUGUAUAAUUUGACAGAGGCACUUUUGUUCUUGUCGCACUUUGUUGGGGAUGUACAUCAGCCCCUACAUGUUGGUUUUACUGGAGACCUAGGUGGAAACUCGAUAACAGUUCGCUGGUUCAGGAGGAAAACAAAUCUUCAUCAUGUAUGGGAUAACAUGAUUAUUGAGUCUGCUCUGAAAAUGUUCUAUGGCUCAGAUCUUUCAACUAUGAUACAGGCUAUUCAACGGAAUAUUACUGAUAUUUGGUCAAAUGAUGUAUCUAUUUGGGAACAUUGUCCACACAACUUCACAGCAUGUCCGGAUAGGUAUGCUUCUGAGAGCGUUAGCUUGGCAUGCAAGUUUGCGUAUAGGAAUGCUACACCGGGAAGCACUUUGAAAGAUGAGUACUUCCUUUCUCGGCUGCCUAUUGUGGAGAAAAGGCUGGCUCAAGGUGGUGUGCGACUUGCAGCUAUUCUCAACCGGAUUUUUACUUCCAAGACUGGAAUAGCUCAAGCUUGA